UCCCCACUGCUGCAGCCGCCGCCUGCGGACAUGCGCCCCCCCGCCGCUGCUCUGCUGCGCUGCGCCCUGCUGCUGCUGCUGAGGGGUUGCCCCGGGCAGGAGGAGGAAGGGGGGCGCCCGGCCGGGCAGCAGCAGGAGCUGCCCACCGUGGUGAUCGCCAUCCUGGCCCGCAACUCGGAGCACUCGCUGCCCCAUUACCUGGGGGCCUUGGAGCGCCUGGACUACCCCAAGGAGCGCAUCUCUGUCUGGUGUGCAACGGACCACAAUAUCGACAACACAACCAAGAUCCUGUGGGAAUGGCUUACGGCCAUGGAGAAACACUAUCGCUACAUUGAGUGGAAGUCCGUGGAAGAGCCCAGCUCUUACCCCGAUGAACUUGGCCCCAAGCACUGGACAGACGAACGCUAUGAACACGUCAUGAGGCUCAAGCAGGAAGCUCUGAGCUUCGCCCGGGCCAAGAGGGCUGAUUAUCUCCUGCUCACCGAUACAGACAGCAUCCUGACCAACAAUCAGACCCUGACGUUCCUGAUCUCGCAGAACAAGUCGGUGAUCGCCCCCAUGCUGGAUUCCCAGACGUAUUACUCCAACUUCUGGUGUGGGAUAACCCCUCAGGGUUACUACCGCAGGACAGCAGACUAUUUUCCCACCAAGAAUCGCCAGCGCGUGGGCUGCUUCACCGUCCCCAUGGUGUACGCCACCUUCCUGCUUGACCUGCGAAAAGAGGGGACCUCCGAGCUCGCCUUCCACCCGCCCCACCCCAACUACACCUGGCCCUUCGACGACAUCAUCGUCUUCGCCUACUCCUGCCAAGCAGCGGGAGUCCAGAUCUACGUGUGUAACCAGGAGCGAUUUGGUUACAUCAAUGUCCCGGUGAAGUCCCAUCAGACAUUAGAGGACGAACGCAUCAACUUCGUACACCUCAUCCUGGAAGCCAUGGUGGACGGCCCCCCGAUGUACCCCUCUGAGCACGUUUCCCUCAGCCCCAAGCACCUCGGUAAAAUGGGCUUUGAUGAGAUUUUCCUGAUUAGCCUGGUGCGGCGGCCAGACCGGCGCCAGCGGAUGCUGAGUUCUCUGUAUGAGCUGGAGAUAGACCCCCUCGUGGUGGAUGCUGUGGAUGGGAGUGCCCUGAACAGCAGUGACAUUAAGAUCCUGGGUGUGGAUCUGCUCCCAGGAUACUACGACCCGUUCUCUGGCAGGACGCUCACCAAGGGGGAGGUUGGUUGCUUCCUCAGCCAUUAUUACAUCUGGAAAGAGAUCGUGGCACGGGGGCUGGAGAAGUCGGUGGUGUUUGAGGAUGACGUGCGCUUCGAGGCCUAUUUCAAGGUGCGGCUGACGCGGCUGAUGGAGGAGCUGGAGUGGGCACAGCUGGACUGGGACCUGAUCUACCUGGGCAGGAAGCAGGUGAACUCGGACGACGAGGAGCCGGUGGAGGACGUGCGGAACCUGGUGGUGGCUGAAUAUUCCUACUGGACCCUGGCCUACAUCAUCUCCCAGCGGGGGGCCCAGAAGCUGAUCGCGGCCGAGCCCCUGUCCAAAAUGCUGCCGGUGGACGAGUUUCUGCCCAUCAUGUCUGACAAGCACCCAAACGAGGAUUACAAGCAGCAUUUUGCUAACCGAGACCUGCUGGUGUAUUCGGUGCACCCCCUGCUGGCUUACCCCACUCACUACGCUGGGGACUCCAAGUGGCUCAGCGACACGGAGACGUCUACCAUCUGGGAUGACGACUCCAAGAAGACGGACUGGAGCGGCUCGCAGAAAACACUGAAGGAUUCCCGAAGCAACGCUGGCCAUUCCUUCCGCUCGACCUCCCGGGAUGAGCUCUAACAUCGGGCUGGGGUGCUUCCCAUUCCUCAAGCACGACAAAGGAGGAUCACGGUGAGCCGCUCUGCUCGGCUGCAGAUUCGACUGGUUCCUGGCUGAGAGAUGCAGCUGUGUUUGCUUGACCAAAGGGGGGUGUUUAAGCUGGGCCCGUAAUUGUCACUCACUGAAAUAGACCGUAUGCAGGGUUUGCACCGAGGACCAGGCUUGACUAGCUGGACACCUCUGCUAGGUGGUGAAGCUUUUGGUCUAGUCCUAUGCAACCUACUACUUUUCCUUCCCCAUCUCUAGUGGUGCCUCUCCCUGAAAGGACAGAACGGUUUGGCAAUGUACGAGGCUCGUAACCUUCCCGAUAUUGACUUGCUCAGUAUUUUGAGAUUGAGCUAAUUUCUGCAGGGACGCAGGGGCCCACUCAUCUGAGAUCUGCCAGGCCAUAGGGCCAGCGGGGUGUGUUAGAGCCGAUGGCUCUUGCUGUAUAUUGAUUCUUUUGUAAUACUUGUUUGGAUGUUGUCUUA